CCAUGACAUAUCACAUGGAGCAAGGGUAUAAAAAAAACAGAUGGGGAGACUCACCAGAAGCAUAAACCAGAUUAUGCACACGGUUAAUCCGGGGAUUGGAUAUGCAUUUCACUACUUUUCCAUUUUCACCCUAUUUCCUCCUCUUCCGCAGAAAACACCGAGUGUCUACGUAGCCUGCACCGCUCCGCCCUCGACCACUGCAGUUCUCCUGAACCCAUCACGGAGGACACCUUUACACGUCUGCAAAGAAACAACAAAGGAGCAUUUUCCAUCGCGACCGCCGAGCUCACAUCUGGAAUUUCGCAGCUUUUUAUUCAUGCUUUUCCAAUAUGCAUAGGGAUUAAUAAUCCGAUCUGCAGGGCCACAAUGUCUCAGACUUUACUCUCGCUUUUACUAUCAAAUGCCCGGUGCUGGGAUGCCGACAGCCAGAGGUCAUACCAGGUGUUGUUUGAGAGGCUUGAUACCAAUAACGAUGGGAAGGUGGACGUUGCUGAAUUACGUGCCGGCCUCAAGGCGAUGGGCAUUUUUCGACAGGGUGCAGCACAGAAAAUCGUGUCGUCUGGUGAUCAGAACAAAGAUGGGAGCCUCGACUUCAACGAGUUCAGCAAAUACCUGAAGGAGCAUGAGAAGAAGCUGCGGCUGACGUUCAAGAGUCUGGACAGGAACAACGAUGGACGCAUUGAUGCCUCGGAGAUCCAGCAGUCCCUUGCAGAGCUUGGCAUGGACAUCAGCAGAGAGAAUGCCAUGAAAAUAUUACAGAGUAUGGACAUUGAUGGGACCAUGGUGGUGGACUGGAAUGAGUGGAGGGAACACUUCCUGUUUUGCCCGGCUCAUAACCUGGAAGAGAUUAUACGCUACUGGAAACACUCCUCGGUGCUGGACAUAGGAGACAGUCUAGCCAUCCCAGAUGAGUUCACAGAGGAUGAGAAGAGCUCAGGUGUCUGGUGGAAGCAGCUUGCUGCAGGUGCCGUGGCGGGAGCCGUCUCUCGCACUGGUACUGCCCCUCUGGACAGAAUGAAAGUUUUCAUGCAGGUUCAUUCUUCUAAGACCAACCAGAUAAGCCUGGUAGGGGGCUUCAGGCGGAUGAUCAAUGAGGGAGGUAUAACUUCACUGUGGAGGGGAAACGGGAUCAACGUUUUAAAGAUUGCACCUGAGACAGCAAUCAAAUUCAUGGCAUAUGAACAAUAUAAGAAGUUGUUAUCAUCGGAGGGCAAGAAGAUUGAGACACACAAGAGGUUCAUGGCUGGCUCUCUGGCUGGAGCCACAGCACAGACAGCCAUCUACCCAAUGGAGGUAUUAAAAACUAGACUGACCCUGAGGAAAACGGGUCAGUAUUCAGGAAUAUUUGAUUGUGCGAAGAACAUCCUGAGGAAGGAGGGUAUCAAAGCUUUCUACAAGGGCUACAUUCCAAACUUAGUGGGCAUCAUUCCCUACGCUGGGAUAGACCUCGCUGUUUAUGAGACUCUGAAGAACACGUGGUUGACGUACCACGCCAAAGACUCGGCCAACCCUGGAGUUAUGGUGUUAGUGGCCUGCGGGACCAUCUCUAGUACCUGUGGCCAGCUGGCCAGCUAUCCACUCGCGCUUAUACGCACACGGAUGCAGGCACGAGCGUCUAUGGAUGCAGCUGACCAGCCCUCCAUGAGUAGUCUGAUGAAGAACAUAGUAGCCAAAGACGGCUUUUUCGGACUCUACCGGGGCAUCCUGCCAAACUUCAUGAAAGUCAUUCCUGCUGUCAGCAUUAGCUAUGUGGUUUACGAAUACAUGAAGACCGGCUUAGGAAUUUCCAAAUGAUGCUGCAAGCAAAUGAAAAAGAACAUUUAUUUGUCAAACUUGAAAAUGCCUGAAAUAACUCCAAGAGAACAUACAGACAUCAAACAUACAGAGCAUGACUUCCGCCAGCUGGCACAGGAGUUCAGUGGAUGGAAAACUGUAUGUGUCCCUCUGAGGGUCGUCUGUCAGUAGCUAAAGCCUUUAUCAUACCUGCUGAGCAUGCUUUAAUUUUUAUCCUAUUGUUGCACAUACAACACACUGUCCAAAACACUGUCCAAAACAAGAUCUGACAGAAAGAUAGUACUGUACUAAAUACAUACAUAAAAGUUAGAAACAUAAUACAUGUUGGGUUGUGAAAGUCAUCCUACUGUUAUUCUGUAAAAACUGUGAUCAACCAAAGUGGUAGCUCAGUGUAUCAUUCUGGGGAUUCUUUGGUUACUAAAGAAAUAUUUUGUUCAGUGAAAGCUGGAGUUCAUCCAAUGUAGCUACACAGUAGAGUUAAUGGUCUUAUUUUAAAGUAUAACAACACUACACCAGUUUAAAUGUUGAAGUCAACACCCUUUAGAGGUAAUUCAACACUUUUCUAAACUCCCAGAGUGACAUCAGCUCCAGUCAGCAGCUGUCAACUAAAAAUAAAUGGCCCUGAAAAAAUCAGUAACUUGUUAACACUGGAAUACUGUGUGCAUGAGGACAGAUGUGUCUUAUGCAAUGGGAAAAUCACAAAUUCUGUGUUAUCUGAGAAUCGCUUAAAUGUGCCUUACAGCCACUCAAUGUGAACUGUCUGACAUCACAGAUGUUUUUUUACUACAUAUAUAUACUACAUUUAUGUACCGUGUGUAUAUAUGUACAUAUAUAUGUUUUAAGUUAUGAUUAUUUACUGGUUUUGAUGAUGGUUACUACUAUGAAACAUGGUAACUCUUUUAAACAGUAAUAACUGGUCAUUGGACUUGCAAGGAGCAUGUUUUUGUCUUGUUUCAGUGAUCAUUUCAUCAUAUCAAGACCUUCACAACCAAACACACACAUCCACUCCCACUAGUGGAUACUGUUACAUUUAACAUUCUGUGACUUGUUCUUCCACAAAGCUCAGCGGUGGGGCAUUUGUAUUUACCAUGUAAGACGACAAUCAGACUAUUGUCUUUUUUAUAAGUUAUUUAAAUGUGGAUUUUAAGAAACGAAAACUGGUCUUGGUUUAAAAGUUUUUAGCCUGAACAUGUGGAAACUGUCUUUGCUGGAAGGCUUAUCGCGAGCAAAUGGCUUAGUGGUGUAAAGUUCAGCUCUUCAGGGUGGGGAUCACUGAGGUGUGUGAACAGCUCUGCCUAGUGGCAAUUGAAGACAAAACACAUGGACUCAACUGAAAAUGUAGCUCAGUAGAAUACAAGUAAACAAGACCAUAAUAGUAGUUUAGAAUUUAGUUUUUUUUCUUUAAUCAUCCCAGGGAUUUCUAUUUUUAUUAUUUAAUUAAUAAUUGAAAUGGGCAGCAGUAGAAGGUCAGAUAUAUUAGUGUAUCAAAGCAGGCAAACUACAGAGGAAGUAGUUGUCUGAUUUGGUCUCUGCCUUUUGUGUAGAGCAUUUUGUCAUCUUGUCAAUCUCAUGUUCUAACAAUUGUUUGAAUUUGCUUUCAUUCAUUGCACAAAAGGAAUCUGGAGAAUUCUUUAAGAUAC